AACAAUAUUACAUACUAAAAGAAAGAAGAAUUUAAAGCUUUGAAGCAAAUUCUAAAAUUUAUCAGAGGAAUGAUGAAACCUCAAAAAUCAUUGUUGAUCAAGUUCUUUGUUGUACAAUGUUUGUUAGUUCUUUGUGUUGCGUCACAAGACUUUGAUUUCUUCUACUUUGUUCAGCAGUGGCCGGCGUCUUAUUGUGAUACAAGGCGUAGUUGCUGCUAUCCCACCACUGGAAAACCUGAUGAAGAUUUCAGUAUCCAUGGUCUAUGGCCAAACUAUGAAAAUGGCAAAUGGCCACAAAACUGUGAUCGUGAAAGCUCUUUGGAUGAAUCUGAGAUAUCAGAUCUAAUAAGCACAAUGGAAAAGAAUUGGCCAUCUCUUGCUUGCCCAAGUAGUGAUGGUGUAAGAUUUUGGAGCCAUGAAUGGGUAAAACAUGGGACUUGUUCAGGUCUUGGCGAACGUGCUUACUUCCAAACUGCUCUUGACUUCAAGAACAAAUCUAACCUUCUUCAAAACCUUAAGAAUGCAGGGGUUCAUCCAAGGAAUGGAGAACAUUACAGUGUAGAAAGCAUUAAAAGGGCGAUUGAAGAUGGAGUUGGACACACCCCUUUCAUAGAGUGUAAUGUGGAUUCACAAGGGAACCAUCAAGUAUACCAAGUAUAUUUGUGUGUGGAUUCUUCUGCAUCAAAUUUCAUUGAUUGCCCAGUUUUCCCACAUGGAGGAAGAUGUGGUUCCAAGAUUGAAUUCCCUCCUUUCUCCUCAACUGACCAUGAUGAAUUUUGAAUUUAAUUUUAUUUUAAGUUUUAACUAAUUAAUUCAACAUGAUCAUAUUCUUGAUCUUCUCUGUUGUAUUUUUAAUUGAAAACCUUCCACAUUUGUACUAAUAAAAUUUCAUUCCAAGGUAAAA